AUGGUUAGUAAACGUAGCAAAAGUAGCAAAAGUAGAACGACCCAUUCCAAUCAAAACAUUCGCAAUGGAAGUCUUUCUUGUCUUGAAGACAAUUCACUUCCAUCAUCAUCAACCUCUUCAUCAUCUUUUAAUCGUGCUUCCAUCAAAACACCUACGACGACGAAGACAGCGACAACUCGCACAGGCAAGACCUCUUCCUCUUUGACAAAGAGUCGAAACAAGAAUUCUUUGUCAAAUUCCAUUUCGGGAAUACUCUUUUCAUCGACUGACACCAAUCGCUCUUCAUCAUCCUCUCCAUUCUCUUCUUCGAAAGCAAGAUCCUUGAACUCUUCUUCAACUUUUACCAAGUAUCUGCACCCCAUUUCUACGUCAAAUGUCAUUCUCCUUAACCAAAAUAAUUCCAACUGUUCUAAUGUCAAGGUUUCUGAUUCUUACAUUCCAUCAUCCAAGAGGGUUUCUACCAAAAAAGGAGAAGAACUCAAAGAUGAAGAAGAGACAUCCUCUUCCUCUUCAUCAUCCAGUCAUGUGCGAGAAACCAUUAAAACGUACAAUCGAAUUGACACCCUUAUUGAGAGGCAGGAUGAAGGUUUGAAAAUUUUGAGAUCUUAUUUGAAACAACGACAAAAUGAAGAGUAUUUACUAUAUAUGGAAAUGACUCGAGAAUAUAAAAAGAAGAGAGAAUUGAAAAAGAAUGAAGACUCUGAUUUAUUAUUAAAAGAGUUUGAAAAAGUUUAUCAAGAAUUUUUGAACUUUGAAAGUGUCACUUGUAUGAAUGUUCCUGCAAGUGUCAGAGAACAAUUUGUAAAUGUUUGGAAUGAGAAAGAAAUUUUCUAUGACUCUUUGGAAGGACAACCCUUAUCACACAGCCCCUCAACAACCAAGACUUGGACAGAAGAGACAAGCAAGAGAAGCAACUCUGAGGAGAGUGAAAAUCUUGGAGGAUCCUCACCUUCUCAUAGAACCAGUCCAUUACUGUCAUCACUUUCUUCUUCUCCACCAUUGUCAAGUUCAUUAUCAUUGACAACUCGUCCAAUAAGUGGCAAAUUCACAACUAUUUCUCUUGAAUUGGCUCAAAAGAUGAGAAAGUGUUUGGAUGAUUUGUUCAUUUCUGUUCAAAUUCAAUUCAAGAAUGAAAUUAUGCCACAUUUCAAAAAAACAGAAGACUUUAAAACAUUCCUUCUUACAAAGCUCAUCGAAUUGAGUUCUCAACCUCAACAAGCUUCCGAAUCCCAAACUUGUUUCUCACUUUCACCAGGAAAAGUUUUGAUUCAAGAUUUUUUGACACAAAAUGGUGAAUUGUCAGAAUAUUGUAAAGCCUUUUCAAAAAAGAAUUUGAUCACCAUGGAACAAAUCAGAAAUUUCACUUCUGAUGAUUUUCGUGACAAGAUUGGAAUUAAGAAAAUUGGUCACUUGAAACGAAUGGUCAGACUCACCGGAGAACAUUUCAUAACUAAUAAACAAUCACAAACUUUAUAA